UUGAGCUCCAUAGAGACAGCGCAGGGGCAAGUGAGAGCCGGACGGGCACCGAGCGACUCUGUUCCUCGCGGAGGAAAAACUAAACAUGGGCAAAGGAGAUCCUAAGAAGCCGAGAGGCAAAAUGUCAUCAUAUGCAUUCUUUGUGCAAACUUGCCGGGAGGAGCACAAGAAGCACCCGGAUGCCUCCAUCAACUUCUCAGAGUUUUCUAAGAAGUGCUCAGAGAGGUGGAAGACCAUGUCUGCUAAAGAGAAAGGGAAAUUUGAAGACAUGGCCAAGGCGGACAAGGCUCAUUAUGAAAGAGAAAUGAAAACCUACAUCCCCCCUAAAGGGGAAACAAAAAAGAAGUUCAAGGAUCCCAAUGCGCCCAAGAGGCCUCCUUCGGCCUUCUUCUUGUUCUGUUCUGAGUAUCGCCCUAAAAUCAAAGGGGAACACCCCAGCCUGUCUAUUGGUGAUGUUGCGAAAAAACUGGGAGAGAUGUGGAACAACACUGCUGCAGAUGACAAGCAGCCUUAUGAAAAGAAGGCUGCUAAGCUGAAGGAAAAAUAUGAAAAGGAUAUUGCUGCCUACCGAGCUAAAGGAAAACCUGAUGCAGCCAAAAAGGGGGUUGUGAAGGCUGAAAAGAGCAAGAAAAAGAAGGAAGAGGAGGAAGAAGAGGAAGACAAAGAGGAUGAGGAUGAUGAUGAAUAA